AUGACAAACACGGAGCAAGCUGCCGCUCCCAAGGCCCCGGUGGCCAUGUUCAAGAAACGAAAAGGCACUGCGAACAUACGAAAGCGGCCCGAGCCAUCACCGCCCAAGGACUCCGACAGCGACUUCUCAUCAUCUGAAGACGAGUCUGGGCAGCGUGUCAAAAGGCGGAAGAAGGCAGCAGGCGUCACAGCCACCUCGUUCAAAACCACAGGCGCCGCCGAAACCUCCUCCAUACCGUAUGCCGCCGACAGGGGGGCGAUCGCCUCUUCCAACGAUGCUACCAAGCAGAGCAACUGGUACGACGAAGACGCCCACGGCGCGCUCUCCGCGAAGAACCUGCUGGGCACCACCAAGGCGCAAAGAGACGCAGCGCUAGAUGGCACCUACAAAGGUCUCGCAAAUCAGACCACAUUCAUACAGAAGGACCCAGAUGCGCCGAAGCGAGCAGUUGGGCCCCAGAAAGCGUCGACCAAUGUUCGCACUGUCACGUUCUUCGAUUUCAAACCCGACGUGUGCAAGGAUUACAAACAGACAGGAUUCUGCGGCUAUGGCGACGCCUGCAUCUACCUCCACUCGCGUGAGGACGUCAAACAGGGCUGGCAGCUUGAUCGAGAGUGGGAGAUUGGGACCAAAGGGAAGAAGAACAUGGCAGGUACCGUCGUAGCCUCUGCGAAUCGCGAUGUGAAGGCGGAGAACCCCGACGACGCUGAAGACGAAGCCUUUCUCGAGAAAAUACCCUUCAAAUGCAUUAUUUGCAAGGACUCAUAUCGCGAGCCGGUCGUCACGCGGUGUGGCCAUUACUUUUGUGAGCCGUGCGCGCUGCGGCGGUAUCGGAAAGACCCGACUUGUGCGGCGUGUGGAGCGGGCACCAAUGGUGUGUUCAAUUCGGCAAAGAGGUUGAAGAAACUACUUGAAAGGAAACGAGAAAAGACUGCAAAGAGGAGGCAGGAGAAGAUUGACGCUGGCGAGGAAGUCGGUGAUCAGGAGGACGGGGAGACCAUAUAG